GCCGUCCACCCAUCAUUGAAACGAUGACAUCGUCUUGUGGCGCGUUUGGUUGAACAAGUUUGGGAGUGGGUUAUGUUUUUACAGAUUUUGACAUCUAUAGGGACACAUGCAUAAGACUCAAUUUAAAGAUCGACAAUAGUGAUCCAAACAGAAAAAGUCAUCUAACACUUUCGUAAUCUGGAUCCGAUGGUUGCUUUCUUUUGAGAUUGGCAGGCCCAGUCAAGUUUGACUCAUCAUCAUCCAUCAUCAACAUCUGGGCUCUCUCUCUCUCUUCUGAUACAGCUAUGGUGAUCGUGCUUAUGGGCGUCAGUGGUGCCGGCAAAUCAACUAUAGGUGAGAUGCUGGCGAAAGCUAUAGCUUGCAUCUUCCUCGAUGCUGACGACUUCCACCCACAAUCAAACAAAGAGAAGAUGCAGAGAGGGAUACCCUUAUCAGAGGAAGAUCGAAUUCCAUGGCUUGAAACGCUUCAAGGCGCUUUAAGAGCAAACUUGGCCAAUGGGAAGACUUGCAUUUUGGGAUGCUCGGCUCUGCAGAGGAGAUACAGAGAAAUUCUCCGGUCGGCGGAUCCCGAGUAUGAGCCCGGCAGCUAUGGUGGUGGCGUGCAGUUCGUUUUGUUGGACGCCAAGGCGGACGUGCUGGUGGCUCGGCUGAAGAGAAGGGCCGAAGAGGGGAAGCAUUUCAUGCCGGCAACUCUGUUGCAGUCUCAGCUAGACUUGCUCGACAUUGAUGAAUCGGAAGGGAUAUUGAAGGUUGAUGCAACGCUGAGCCCAGCGGCCAUUGUGAAUGCCAUUAGAGGUUCAGUUUUCUGACCAAGAAUCUGUAGCCAUGUGUGUGGGCUUUAAGGUGAGGGAUUUCACCUUUUGCACCAAGAAUAUGUAGCCAUGCUAAUGCAACUAAGCUUCUGUUUUUCCUAGGGAUUAAUAAAGCACUGACAUACGUCUCGUUAAUUAAAUCAAAUCCAACUGCUAAACUCAACAGAUUUAACUCCU